UAAUCCAACAUGGCUGCUUCAUAGGCAGAAGACCUUGAGUACAUACGUGAAUACCUUUGGAUGAGAAUACGCCAUGGGAAACAGUGAAUCAACAAAGAGAUUGACUGUUGAGAGAUCAGAAGAGGAAGGAACCCCAGGAAUUGUUAAGAUUUCUGAACGGGUCAUGCGACGUCUCAGAGGAGAAAUUGACUUACCCUUGAAAGGUGAUGAGGAUGUUACCCAAGAUGACAUCAAUACGAUUUGGAAGGAAUUGCAGCAUGAGAAAGUCAGGAUGAAACAUCAGGAAGAACAUUUACAAGAGAUUUUGCAGAAUGCUUUUGAUGAGGGAAGACAGGUUGAAGCUAAAAGGCUUAGAGAAAACAGAGGUAAAUUAGGAGACAAAGAUGUACAAGAGAUUGACAACCAUUGGAGAAAACUGUUAGAGGAGAAAGAAGCUGAGUCAAAAACAAAAGAAAAUAGGCUUUUGGAAAAACUUGGUACUUUGGAGAAACAGAUUUCAGAAAAGGAAGAAGUGACAUUAGAAAACUUUAAUCAAGCUGUAGAAGAGACAAAACAAAAAUUCAGUGUACCAACAAAGGUCAUAGCUUGCCAACACCUGAAGAAUGAGGUACUUAAUUGCUACAAACAGAAUCCCAAUCAGGCAUUGAAGUGUUCACAGAAAGUUAGAGAUUUCAUCAACUGCGUGGAACAAUCUCAGUUAGAAAAUACUCAAUGAAGGAAACCAGUAGCCAUAGCACCACAUGAUGCAAAGCCUUGCUUUGAAUGAGUGGCUGUGUCAACUAUACAAGAGAACACUACCUCAAAGAAAUAUUUCAACAUAAAAUAAAGAAGGAUCAACCUUUAAUAUGCUUUCUGAGUUGAAAAAGACUCAACUGACAGUGCAUAGUGUUGAAGAACAAAACACUCAAAGUUUAUUUUGCAUGUGUUAAGAUUUCAAAAUAAGAUUGUGUUUUUGGUAUUUUGUGCAAUAAGAGAAGAAUAAAUGGUCUGGUUAGUUUUAAACUGA